AUGGACCAAAACGACAAUAGGCUGCGUCUGAACUUCCAGUUCGACCAGCAAUUCGAUUCCUCAAAUGCUCGAGUCUAUCCUACCACACCCUCGACCUUCCCCCAGCCAAUCUACGGUACUCAGGCACAAGACUACGGCGGGGGCAUGCUGUCACCGAACCCCAGUGCCGGUCCCGGCUACUUUGCGAAUGCGCCAUAUUCUCCACACCCGCAACAGCAGUACAAUCAGCAGCAGCAGUACCAGUAUCAGCAGCAGCAACAACAGCAACAACAGCAGAACCUCCAGUCGCCUCAGCCGGCCUAUCAGAUGAACUCUAGACCCUAUGCUGGCAAUAACCACCAAAUGGACGGUACGAGUCAGAUGGUGCAACAAUUUGCAAACCAGGACCUGAGCUCGAAUUCUCGCGGAGGGAUGAACCGUACGCCGUCCCCUGCUAAUGCGCAACGACCUCGAACGGCCGGGGAAUCCCGCCAGAACGCCAACUUUCAAUCACACCUUGCACCACCUAUGCCGAGAUCCGCGCCAAAGCCCGAGGAAGAAGAGCAACCAAACCCUCGCAAAUACUCCGAUAAUGUAAUUCGCCGUGGUACCGCUGCUAAGCAGUUAGUCAAUUCUUUCUUCCAGGAAAACAUCGAACGUGCUCGCGACCGAAACAGCCGUGCAAAGGAGCUCGAUGCAAUUCUACGCGACCCUAACAUUCCCGAGUCGCAGAAGGCAAAAGAUGCCAGCCUUUUGGCGCAGAAGGAAGCUCGUUUCCUACGGUUCUUGCGGACUCGAGAAACACCCCAGAAUUUCUCUACCAUCAAGGUCAUUGGAAAAGGCGCCUUUGGAGAGGUCAAGCUCGUGCAGCGUCGGACGGACGGCAAGAUCUAUGCCCUCAAGUCCCUCAUCAAAUCGGAAAUGUUCAAGAAAGAUCAGCUUGCUCAUGUUCGAGCGGAGCGUGACAUCCUGGCGGACUCCAAAGACAACCCGUGGCUGGUCAAGUUGCACGCCUCGUUCCAGGAUAACGCAUUCCUCUAUAUGCUUAUGGAGUUUCUGCCCGGAGGGGAUUUGAUGACGAUGUUGAUCAAAUACGAGAUCUUCUCCGAAGACAUCACACGCUUCUACAUGGCUGAGAUCGUAAUGGCGAUCGAAGCUGUACACAAAUUGGGCUUCUUGCAUCGUGAUAUCAAACCGGAUAACAUUCUUCUCGACCGAGGUGGUCACAUCAAGCUGACUGAUUUUGGCUUGUCGACCGGUGGCCGAAAACAACACGAGAACUCGUACUAUCAGGCAUUGAUGAGAGCAGGGGGCGCCGACAAAGCAGGAAAUAGGAACUCCAUGGCUUUGAACGAGCAGAUUAACCUGACUGUCAGCAAUCGUGGUCUUGUCAACACUUGGAGAAAAUCGAGACGCCAGAUGGCGUACUCUACUGUUGGUACUCCUGAUUACAUCGCACCGGAGAUCUUCCUCGGACAGGGGUACACUUACCUCUGUGAUUGGUGGUCAGUGGGCGCUAUCAUGUUCGAGUGUCUAGUCGGAUGGCCUCCGUUUUGUGCCGAAGACACCCACGACACUUACCGAAAAAUCGUCAACUGGCGAGAAUCUCUCUACUUUCCCGACGAGCUCACUCUCGGAAGGGAGUCUGAAGAUAUGAUUCGCAGCUUCCUCUGCGACGCGAAUGAUCGACUGGGCAAAGAGGGCGGUGCACAUGACGGUGCUUCUCAGAUCAAGCGUCAUCCUUUCUUCCGUGGGGUUGUCUGGGACAAGCUGCGGAGCAUUCGCGCCCCCUUCGAGCCCAAACUCUCCUCCAACAUCGAUGUUUCAUACUUCCCGAUUGAUGAGAUUCCUCAGGAGGACAACAGCGCAAUGCAUCGCGCCCACGCCAAGAACGUUGCCCCCGAGCAGGAUGCCGAGAUGAGUUUGCCCUUCAUUGGGUACACUUAUAAGGCAUUCAACGCUUUCCAGAACUCGUGA